AUGAAAAUAAUAGAAAAAAAUGACUUUUUUAUUGUGAUAAGGUCUCUGGAGCUGAAUGUUGAUAACGCUGCUGAGCGUACUGAAGCGUUGAAACUGAGCGGGCUGAUGCUCAGGUAUAACAGCGAACAGGUCACCGCUGCUCGAGAUAUUGUGGCAUCCAGGAUGGCAGGCAGUGGUCGUUCGGAUUCACUUUUUCCAAGAAAUAUUCUACGGACUGUCAGUGCGAUUGCUCGCACUUAUCUUCCAGUUUUUCCAGGAAAAUCAAAAACCGGCGAAGACGAGCUUGCCUUAUCUUGUAUCGCACUGAUUGCAGAGCAGGCUGUGCUGUCGCCAGAUCUCAUUCUCGAUACUCUCGGCGCAGGUAAUUGA